CUCACUGGUUGCACUGGACUUCCGAGAAAGAGACUUGAGACACAGAAACACAGAGAAUGACGGUGUUUCAUUUCUUCAACUGCGCAAUCCUCACAUUCGGCCCUCACGCCGUUUACUACUCCGCCACGCCAUUGUCCGAGUACGACACGCUUGGUACCUCUGUUAAAGCAGCUAUUGCCUAUCUCGGAACGGCUUUAGUAAAGCUUGUUUGCCUGGCAACCUUUUUGAAGGUGUCGGAGAAUGAUUGCUUCGAUCCGUAUCAGGUAGCUUUGUCUUUCCCUUAUGAAUUGCUUGAGGGAAUACUAAUGGUUUUGUUUAUUGAAUCCGUGGCUUAUGGAUUUCCCUCCAAUCCUUUCCCGCGUUGAAACUGUGUGCCUGUAUCUGUAUGUAUAUGUUCUUGGUAUGCUAGGAUCACUUAUUGAUGCAAAUAUGGAGCGAUCUUCCAUAGAAUCAACAAGUUUGCAAUUUUGCUAUUUAUAUUCGUAGAAGUGGAGAGUGAAUGGAUAAAAAGGAUAUAAUUCUGUGUCUCUGUGUGAGUUUGGGAGGGAGGGAAAGAAGGAGAGUUCGCCGGAACGAUGCACUCCUUGUGUCACUUGCUAAUUGAAUAAAAUGAUAAUAUCUUUGUGCA